UCUCGGCUCGUUCGCUAUUUUGCACACGAUAAUUUUAUUUGGUAAAAUAAUUAUUGCAAGAAAAAUGAGGAAAGAAAUUACAGUUUUAUUUGUGUUGUUGGCAGUUUACCAUUGUGAAGCAGCUAUAGGGGAUUUAUUCACAAUACCCCAGAAAAUUUUUACAACUUUCACGGAUGUAUUUACUGGUGGUAAGGUACAUUCUCAAAAUCCUAACCAAAAAGCAGCAGUAGAGCCACCGCAGAGGAGCGCUAGUCAGAAAAUAGCUGACGAACAAGGCAACAACAAUUUCAACCAGAAUCUAAAUCUAAAUGACAACACCGGAGACGUGAACCUUCAGAGCAUGGGCACCGCCAAUAAACAAAACUACGGCAACUACACAAGCAGGACAUGACAUGGAUGUGAUCUUAUGUAUUUCUAUUGCAGACUGUAUUACAUUCUCAUAAGUUGUUAAAUCUUUUUAAAAACCUUUUAACUUUUGUUUCAAUUUAUUUUAUUUUUUGUAUAA